GCUCACUCCAAUAACAGCCGAUACUUGUUAAUCCUGGAUUUACGACAAUGAGACUUUAACAAAAUACCUUGCUAUAUCAUGACGACUGUCUACUUGCGUUUCUCGUAGCUGAGACGAGACGAGAAGAGAUUAUUUCUCAAUUCUCUGUGAUUACGCGAACUACCGAGAUAUAAAUACUGUGGACCUAAAAUAAGUCACUAUUCUCGAUUGUCUUUGAUUCAUCGCUGUUGACGCGACAGGAGCGUGCGAUAGCAGUCCAUAAAUCCGUAACUUACGAGUCGAAUUAAAAUCGCGCUCUUUUGCAUCGAAUCUUGGACACAAUACUAUCUAACAGAAAGCCUUUUGUAGAUACAUACUUGGUCUCAAUUUUUUGAAAAACCUUUUAUUAAAAGUUCAUUUGCCUAACAAUUUGUGUAAUCUUUUUAAGAAUACAGAACUCGAGAUUUGUAGCAAUUGUCUCUGAGAGUUCGAUUUUUCUCUUGUUGCAAUAAUUUUGGAACAAGAUGGGCCGCUUUUUGAAGCUCGAGGAAAAGUGACGUUCCGCGGGGCGACGGCGCGCCUUGGUACGGCCCUGCCGCGGCACGACGAAAAUAGCAGACGACAGUGUGCUGCGACUCGACUGCGGCGGCCGUCCUGCGGUCCCGCACCCGCACCCGCCUCUUCGCGGUAUCCGUACUGUGUAUACUGGUGUAUACGUGAACGCGGAGGAGGCCGAGGAGAGGCGAUCCGUUCAUACUUUUAUCGAAAGUUUUCUUGAAGCGCGAAAAAUUUUUACGAACGACCGGACCCAUCCGCUGCAAAAAUGGCCGAGAUAACGGACUUCGGACCGAGGAAAACGUUUUUUGUACUCGCGAUCGUGUUCGGCUGCUUCACGGUGCUGUGGCCGAAAAUUCUGCAUCCCAUGUUCAUAGGAUUUGUCACUCCACAUCACUCCGCAUCGGACAACUCGGUGUGCUGCGAAGUAAUAUUUGAAAGCGAUGUCACCGCAGUGGACAUCAUGCAGGAAAUGUGUCAAAACAUAUUGAGGCACCAUCCGAUUGAUCCACGCGUGAGAGACGCGUUAAAGCUUAGCAAGCUGACCCCGCAAACCUCGAGCUUGUGUAGGGAGGAGGUCCUAGCCAGAUGCGGCAUAGACCUGUCAUCCUUUCUCGCCGAGAGAGAAAGCUUGGGAAAGACCUACAAGCAGGUGUUGGAGGAGAUUAGAUCGUUCAAUAGCUCCCUUUGCCUUAAAAUGAACUUUGGCGUGCCACUGUCACAAUUAGGGAUACCUCAUCUUAUCAGAUAUCAUAUCCUGAUGCCGCACAGUACUAUACCACAGGAGCGUCGUACUCCUCCUCAUGCAGGUGGAAUGCAUCCCGCGCUGAGGGAGAGGGGGAGGGCCAUACCAACCUCUCAUAUUGUACCAAAGGUAACGGACAGACAAAAAUCUAACCACGUUGUACCAAAAAUGAGGCCACCUCUCGGUAGUGCUGGUCACGGUGUUCAAGCACCCAAAGGAAGCGUAACAAUGGGAAUUGUCAUGCCACUGUAUACGAUAGGAAUAGUCUUAUUUUUCUUGUACACCAUUGUUAAGGUCCUGAAGAAAAAUUCCGAUAGCGAGAUUAUAUCGGAAUACCCGGGAGCAGCUGCUGAAAAGGAAUUUCGGAAAAUGGUAUUCAGUCCAGAAGCUCUUGCUACUGCAAUGACUGGAGGUACUCUGCAUUAUCCGAGAGAAAAGUCACCGCGCAGGACUGCUCCAACUAUCGAGGAAUUAAACGAUCAAGCGGCAGGAGACAUAGAGAUAGAUCAACUGAGACAACGUUUGGUCGAGACGGAAGCAGCCAUGGAAAGAAUCGUUGCCCAGAUGGGCAACAUAUCACGUUCAGUAAUGCAUAACUCGAGCUCACAGCCAGAAAUCAAGGAGGACACUGCAGACCAGGAAUCACAUAGUAGGGAAGGAGAAGAAUUAGAUGUAGCAGAACAGUCGCCAACAGUUAAAGUCAUGAGUAUGGAAAUGACAGCUAGUUGUGAAAGUGGACAAAAAUGUAGCAGACCCACCACUCCCAUUAUUCCUCCACCAAGUAAUGUUGAAAGGGAAAAAACGCCGCCAACACCCAUAUAUUUAGAGGGUGCACUUCCGCCGCAAUGUGAAUUACUCGUAACCGAUUCAGAAACUCAAGCCGAAAAGUCAGAGGACGACGACGACGCUCCAGUUGUUCUCUCAGGCAAAAUGACUCUCUCUCUCAUCAGCCUCGACCAGAUUCCAGCUGAUUCGGAGGCUGAAGAUCCAGAUAAAAAGAGAAAAAAGGUUUCGGACACUCAAGCGGAAAUUCGAGAUGUAAAAGAUAAGAAAAACAAAAUAUUGCAAAAGAAAGAGGAAGAUAAGGAAAAUAGAGAAGUAGAGGAAGAUGAAAAUGAAGAAGUAGAGGAACAGGAAAAUGGAGAAGUUGAGGAACAGGAAAAUGGAGAAGUAGAGGAAGAGGAAAAUGAAGAAGUAGAGGAAGAAGAAAGUGAAGAAGAAGAGGAAGAAGAAAGUGAAGAAGAAGAGGAGGAAGAAGAGGAAAGUGAAGAAGAAGAAAAGGGGGAAGAAGAGGAGAAAGAAGAAAAAAAGAAAAAAGAAAAAGAGCUAGAAGAGGAGGAGGACGAGGAAUGGGAGGAGGAUGAGGAGGACGAGGAAGACGAGGAUGAAGAUGAAGAUGAAGAUGAAGAUGAAGAUGAAGAAGAUGAAGAUUACAGAAAAGUGACUUACAACCUUAGAAAAAAUAUACGAAAAGAAAAAAAAUAAAGAACUCAGUUAAGAGUGAAAAGACUUAAAAGUAAUUCUGUUUCUUCAGAUGUGGAUCAGUGUUUACCAAUCUUUAAUAAGUCCUCUUAUUAUAAUGAAAAUAAUUAUGAUUACUAUAAUAUGUAAUAUGUAAGAAAGCUGGUGUAAUACUCUCACAAUAUGAAGACGCAUAAACUCGUUGGUUGAGCACUGCCAGAUAACCUAAAAUGUUAUAUGCAUCACGUUUCCGUUUUCUUUUUUUUUUCUUUUUAAUUGACAUAUAUUUCACAUUUUGUAGAAUCCUAAAUUUAUUAAUCACAGGGGCCAAAAGAAAGAGAGGCAGUGCUGUCUAUGUCACGUUACAAUGCCAUGAUGGCAUAGAUACAUCGAGCUAUAACACAUCUACUACUCGUAGUUAGAAAUUCAUGAAAUGGUGUUUUAGGAUUGCCCGAUAGAUAAAAAUAACAGAGCGUCAUUAAUCGGUCCAAGUGUAUCAUAAUAUGAUAUGCAUGAAAAAUUCGUGGAGAUUGGCAAGCACUGAUACAACUUUCACGAAAGUCAAAGAUCUUUUCUUUUUUGUACUACAGCUAGGGUUCACUCUCGUAAACUUUUUCUUCAUGUACUAAUCAUUGUUCGAUAAAUGUUUAAUUUUAUAUCAUAUUACAGCAUUUUUGUGUUUCAUAUUUUUAAUUUUCAUAUUAAAUUCUGUAAUUUACGCGCGCUUUCCGAUUUUUCUGUAUUUAUUGUGAAACAUAAAAUGCUUUAUUAUUUCUAUAAUUCUAGUCUCAGU